UACACUGUCAGUAGUGCUGCUCCCCUCCCUCCUCCUCCUCCUCCUCCUCCGUCCUGUGUGGCUCAUCCUUCUGUCACUGCAGCUGCACAUUCUGGUACAGUAAGCAGUACAGUACAGGCAUACUGUAGGUAGGGCAGUCUCUGUGUCGGUAUGGGUGUCCCGGCACUGUUAGUAUACGGUGUCUCUGAGCUGUGUCACUGGGCAGCCUGGCUCUGCCUCCUGUAUCUGCUGUAUAAAGCCUCUAAGCUGUUCCUGACAUGGAGAGAGCUGAUCGCAGCGUUCCGGCCAUUCCAAGGUCCCCCGCGUCACUGGCUGUACGGCAAUGCCCAUGAGUUCCAUGGGGAUGGAAAAGACUUGGAAGUCAUAACGGGUUACGCUGAGCAGUAUCCAUACGCCUAUCCCCUGUGGCUGGGAAAUUUCUUUGCAUCUUUAACCAUUUGCCACCCUGACUAUGCUAAGGCCAUCCUCUCCAGACAGGAUCCGAAGGAAAAUUUUGGCUACUACUUUAUUACUCCAUGGAUCGGGAAAGGGCUGCUGGUGUUAUCAGGACAGAAAUGGUUCCAGCACCGCAGGCUGAUUACUCCGGCCUUCCACUAUGACGUCCUGAAGCCGUAUGUGAGGCUGAUGUCAGACUGCACCAAUACCAUGCUGGACAAAUGGGAGAAGCUGGUCCCCAAACAGAAGCCGGUGGAGCUCUUCCAUUAUGUCAGCCUCAUGACCCUGGACAGCAUUAUGAAAUGCGCCUUCAGCUACGAGAGCGACUGCCAGAAUGACAGUGAAAGCGCCUACAUCAAGGCCGUCUAUGACCUCAGCUAUCUGGCAGAUUACAGGUUCUGCUGCCUGCCCUAUCAUAAUGACAUCAUUUUCCACCUGAGCCCCCACGGCUUCCGCUUCCGCCGAGCAUUGAAGACGGCGCAUCAGCACACAGAUACAGUCAUUAAAGAGAGGAAACAGUCCCUGAAGGAUUAUACGGAGCUGGAGAAGAUACAGCAGAAGAGACACCUGGAUUUCCUGGAUAUCCUCCUCUGCGCUAAGGAUGAGAACGGGCAGGGCCUGUCUGAUGAGGAUCUGCGGGCGGAGGUGGACACGUUCAUGUUUGAGGGACAUGACACCACAGCCAGCGGGAUCUCCUGGACAUUAUACUGUAUGGCCAAGCACCCGGAGCACCAGGAGAAAUGCCGGGAGGAGAUCCGGGAGGUCCUGGGGGAGCGGAACACCGUGGAGUGGGAGGAUCUGGGGAAGAUGCCGUACACCACCAUGUGUAUUAAGGAGAGUAUGCGCCUCUACCCCCCUGUACCGGGAGUGGCUCGUGAGCUCAGCCAGCCAAUCACCUUCUGCGAUGGGCGGAGCCUGCCAAAAGGCGCUGUGGUUCUCCUGAGUAUAUAUGCCAUCAACAGAUGCCCCAGUGUGUGGGAAGACCCAGAGGUGUUUGAUCCUAUGAGGUUUUCUCCAGAACAAUCCAAGAGACACUCUCACGCGUUCCUCCCGUUCUCCGCCGGAGGAAGGAACUGCAUAGGACAGAACUUUGCCAUGAAUGAGUUGAAAGUCGCCAUCGCUCUGACGUUACAGCGCUUCCAGUUACACCCGGACCCGGAGAACGAGCCACUGAAACUGGCUCAGCUAAUCUUACGCUCUGUGAAUGGGAUCCACCUGAAUCUGAAGAGAAUAGAGAGGGGGGAAAGUCUGUAAUUGGAGAUCAUUCCUGGGGGGUAAUUGAGAGUUGAUCGUACCAGCAAAUUUGUUAGCAAUUGGGUAAAACCAUGGCCCUCAUCCGAGUUGUUCGCUCGUUCUUUUUCAUCGCAUCGCAGUGAAAAUCCGCUUAGUACGCAUGCGCAAUGUUCGCACUGCGACUGCGCCAAGUAACUUUACUAUGAAGAAAGUAUUUUUACUCACGGCUUUUUCUUCGCUCCGGCGAUCGUAAUGUGAUUGACAGGAAAUGGGUGUUACUGGGCGGAAACACGGCGUUUCAGGGGCGUGUGGCUGAAAACGCUACCGUUUCCGGAAAAAACGCAGGAGUGGCCGGGGAAACGGUGGGAGUGCCUGGGCGAACGCUGGGUGUGUUUGUGACGUCAACCAGGAACGACAAGCACUGAACUGAUCGCACAGGCAGAGUAAGUCUGGAGCUACUCUGAAACUGCUAAGUAGUUAGUAAUCGCAAUAUUGCGAAUACAUCGGUCGCAAUUUUAAGAAGCUAAGAUUCACUCCCAGUAGGCGGCGGCUUAGCGUGUGUAACUCUGCUAAAUUCGCCUUGCGACCGAUCAACUCGGAAUGAGGGCCCAUGUGCACUGCAGGGGGAGGCAGAUGUAACAUGUGCAGAGAGAGUUAGAUUUGGGUGGGUUAUAGUGUUUCUGGGCAGGGUAAAUACUGGCUGCUUUAUUUUUAUACUGCAAUUUAGAGUUCAGUUUGACCACACCCCACCCAAAUCUAACUCUCUCUGCACAUGUUACAUCUACCCCACCUGCAGUGCACACAGUUUUGCCCAACUGCUGACAAAUUUGCUGCUACGAUCAGAUCUGAAUUGCCCCUUAGUCUGCUCUGAUCCAUGUGAGUCGGCACAGCUGCUAGUGAUAAGUAAUGAUACAAUGUCGGCAAUCUGCUCUGAUCCAUGUGAGCCGGCACAGCUGCUGGUGAUAAGUAAUGAUACAAUAUCGGCAAUCUGCUCUGAUCCAUGUGAGCCGGCACAGCUGCUGGUGAUAAGUAAUGAUACAAUGUCGGCAAUCUGCUCUGAUCCAUGUGAGCCGGCACAGCUGCUAGUAAUAAGUAAUGAUACAAUGCGGCAAUCUGCUCUGAUCCAUGUGAGUCGGCACAGCUGCUAGUAAUAAGUAAUGAUACAAUUUCGGCAAUCUGCUCUGAUCCAUGUGAGCCGGCACAGCUGCUGGUGAUAAGUAAUCAUACAAUAUCGGCAAUCUGCUCUGAUCCAUGUGAGUCGGCACAGCUGCUAGUAAUAAGUAAUGAUACAAUGUCGGCAAUCUGAUACUGAAACACAUGUAAUUAGAAUUAAUCUUCUUAUUCAUGAAAUGAUGACGCAAUACAUAGCGCCGUCACUAGGGUUGGAGACACCUGGUGUGCCAAAGUAGCCCGAAUGUGUGCGAACAAAAAGGGAAAUGGCCUCACAGGAAUGGGGUCCCUUUUCCUGCCAUUAUUCCCGACCCUUCCCUGUCAGCUCACUGGGCCCCGUAGGUAGGAUACACGCUGAUGGGGAGACUGCGGCUGGGCCCUCUAGGUAGGAUACACGCUGAUGUGGAGACAGCGACUGGGCCCGUAGGUAGGAUACACGCUGAUGGGGAGACUGCGCUGGGCCCCGUAGGUAGGAUACACACGCUGAUGGGGAGACUGCAGCUGGGCCCCGUAGGUAGGAUACACGCUGAUGGGGAGACUGCGGCUGGCCCCCGUAGGUAGGGUACACGCUGAUGGGGAGACUGGACUGGGCCCCGAAGGUAGGAUACACGCUGAUGUGGAGACUGCGGAUGGGCCCCGUAGGUAGGAUAUACACGCUGAUGUGGAGACUGCGGAUGGGCCCCGUAGAUAGGAUAUACACGCUGAUGUGGAGACUGCGGAUGGGCCCCGUAGGUAGGAUAUACACACUGAUGUGGAGACUGCAGAUGGGCCCCGUAGGUAGGAUAUACACGCUGAUGUGGAGACUGCGGAUGGGCCCCGUAGGUAGGAUAUACACACUGAUGUGGAGACUGCAGAUGGGCCCCGUAGGUAGGAUAUACACGCUGAUGUGGAGACUGCGGAUGGGCCCCGUAGGUAGGAUAUACACGCUGAUGGGGAGACUGCGGCUGGGCCCUGUAGGUAGGGUACACACUGAUGUGGAGACAGCGACUGGGCCCUGUAGGUAGGAUACACACGCUGAUGUGGAGACUGCGGCUGGGCCCCGUAGGUAAGGUACACACGCUGAUGUGGAGACUGCAGCUGGGCCCCGUAGGCAGGAUACACUCUGAUGGGGAGACUGCAGCUUGGCCCCAUAGGUAGGAUACACACGCUGAUGGGGAGAUUGCGGCUGGGUCUCGUAGGUAGGAUACAUGUUGAUGGGGAGACUGCGGCUGGGCCCCGUAGGUAGGGUACAUGCUGAUGUGGAGACUGUGGCUGGGCCCCAUAAGUAGGAUACAUGCUGAUGGGGAGACUGCAGCUGGGCCCCGUAGGUAAGAUACACGCUGAUGGGGAGACUGUGACUGGGCCCCAUAGGUAGAAUACACACGCUGAUGUGGAGACUGCGGCUGGGCCCCGUAGGUAGGAUACACACGCUGAUGUGGAGACUACGGCAGGGCCCCAUAGGUAGGAUACACGCUGAUGGGGAGACUGCGGCUGGGCCCCGUAGGUAGGAUACACACUGAUGGGGAGACUGCAGCUGGGCCCCGUAGGUAGGAUACACAUGCUGAUGGGGAGACUGCAGCUGGGCCCCGUAGGUAGGAUACACAUGCUGAUGUGGAGACUGCGGCUGGGCCACGUAGGUAGGAUACACACGCUGAUGUGUAGACUGCGACUGGGCCCCGUAGGUAGGAUACACACGCUGAUGUGGAGACUGCAGCUGGGCCCUGUAGGUAGGAUAUACGCUGAUGUGGAGACUGUGGCUGGGCCCUGUAGGUAGGAUACACAUGCUGAUGAGGAGACUGCGGCUGGGCCCUGUAGGUAGGGUACACGCUGAUGUGGAGACUGCGGCUGGGCCCCGUAGGUAGGAUACACGCUGAUGUGGAGACUGCGGCUGGGCCCUGUAGGUAGGGUACACGCUGAUGGGGAGACUGCGGCUGGGCCCUGUAGGUAGGAUAUACGCUGAUGUGGAGACUGCGGCUGGGCCCUGUAGGUAGGAUACACACGCUGAUGGGGAGACUGCGGCUGGGCCCCGUAGGUAGGAUACACACUGAUGGGGAGACUGUGGCUGGGCCCCGUAGGUAGGAUACACGCUGAUGGGGAGACUGCGGCUGGGCCCUGUAGGUAGGAUACACACGCUGAUGGGGAGACUGCGGCUGGGCCCUGUAGGUAGGGUACACGCUGAUGAGGUGACUGCGGCUGGGACACACUGUGACUGGUGCUUCUGUGCACCUUUAUUGUUCCCUGCUAUGAUGGACUGUAUUCUGGGACCACACUGAGGCAGGAGGUGCGAUGCCUCCACUAUGCAGGAUACGUGGACACACUAAUGACACAAUUUCCGUUACUAUCUGGUUUCCUAAACAUGUAUAUUGUGGUCCGACCAUGUCAAUAAUUGUUUAUUAAAAUUAAAUAAAUCAC